AGAGAGAGAGAGAGAGAGAGAGAGAAGCAGGAGCGCAGUCGUUUGGAAUCACUCCACUGUCUCCUCACACACAGUCCAGCAGCCGCGCGACCUGCUCCGUGCUGGACCUGGACCGGGAGGCGGACUGAGUUUGAACCGGCAGACCGGUGACUGCGCGUCGGGGUGGAAACUAACCGGACCACCGCUGUUGGCAACUCCCGGACUUACCGGACCUGGUCUUUCUCCCUUUGGUGAUUUUUUAACCCUUUUUAUUUUUCCUCCCUCACCAAACGUGCCAUCAGCGGAGGAUGCUCUUCCUGCUCCCGGUGGUUACCCCCCCUUCACGGAGUAGCAGUGAGCACUGAGUGACCCCCCCUCUCCACCACCACCACCCCACCCAGACCCCCAGUCCGGACGGGUCUCCCCCCCGGCUGGGCUCCAUCCACCGUUCCCCCGGAGAGAGGCAGGAGCUCCGGGUUGACGCGCGGCGCUGGUCACGACAGUCAAAACUGGACAGACUCUGAAGGAGGGAUCGGAGGAAUAAUUACCCCUGCCUGUCCGACUGGAUUGUUUGAUUUGUUCUGAGGUCUCUGUUCCCUGCGUGGAUUGCUAAUUUCAGGUUUUUCUCCCGGAGGUUUGGGUACCGAGGAGGAGCGGAGCCUGUAGCCGGGCUGGAGCGCUCUGAGCUGGGGGACCGCGCGGCUCACACCCGCUCCAGAGUGGGCGGAGACAUGGCGGCGCUGAGGUGGAAGGUUCUGCUGGUCCUGGCGGCCGUCUUGUUCUUCUCCAGCGAAGCCGCACCCACGGACAUCCUGUAUCGGGUUCCAGAGGAGCAGCCGCCCAACACGCUGAUCGGCAGCUUAGCGGCAGACCAGGGUUUACCCGACACUGGCCACUUGUACAAGCUGGAGGUGGGCUCGCCGUACCUGAGGGUGGACGGAAAGACGGGCGACAUCUACACCACUGAGGUGUCCAUCGACCGCGAGACGCUGAGGGACUGUCGAAACUUGUUCGAAGGCGACAAGUGCUUCCUUGAGUUCGAGGUGUCCAUCACGGACAUGGUGAAAGGCAUCGGCUCGGGGCCGCGGCUCAUCGAGGGACGCAUCGAGGUGCUGGACAUCAACGACAACACGCCACAGUUCUCCUCACCCAUCCUCACCCUGUCCAUUCCAGAGAACACACACAUCGGCGCCCUCUUCUCCAUCCCCAUGGCCUCCGACAGAGACUCUGGUACGAACGGCGUGGCCGAGUACUCUCUGAGCACCGGACCGGACGCGGACCAGCUCUUCAGCCUGCAGGUGGCGGUGGACACGGACGAGAAGCUGCCCCAGUUGGUCGUCAUGGGCAAUCUGGAUCGCGAGAGGAAGGACUCGUACGACCUGAACAUCAGAGUGGUGGACGGAGGGAAGCCGGCGAGGGCGAGCAGCGCUCUGCUUCGAGUUACCGUCACGGACCAGAACGACAACGCCCCAAAGUUUGAGAGGAGUCACUACGAGUCCGAGCUGGCGGAGAACAGUCCACUGGGACACUCGGUGCUGCAGGUCCGAGCAAACGAUGCAGACACUGGGACCAAUGGCGAGAUAGACUACAGCCUCCAUCAGGCAUCAGAGACGGUCCAGAGGCUUCUACGCAUCGACCGCUCAACCGGCAUCAUCUACGUCAAGGGUCUGGUGGACCGUGAGGAAGAGAACUUUCUCAAGUUCUUUGUGGUUGCCAAAGACCGUGGGCCCAACUCCAAGACCUCCAAGGUCUUGGUGACUAUCAUCGUCAGGGACCAGAAUGACAACGCACCAGCCAUCGAAAUCCGUGGCAUUGGCUUGGUGACGCACCAGGAUGGCGUGGCUAAUAUCUCUGAGGACAUGCCUAUAGGCACGCCUGUGGCCCUGGUCCAGGUGUCGGACCGCGACGAGGGGGAGAACGCUGUGGUGACGUGCGUGGUUGCAGGUGAUGUCCCAUUUCAGCUCCGGCCUGCGAGCGAGUCAGCCAAUGAUCGUAAGAGGAAAUACUUCCUGCAGACGACAACCCUGCUGGAUUUUGAGCGAAUCAAGGAUUACAGGAUUGAAAUUGUUGCUGUGGAUUCUGGGAAUCCAGCUCUGUCCAGCACCAACUCCCUCAAAGUCCAAGUCACAGACAUUAAUGACAACACGCCAAACUUCUCCCCAACGUUGCUCGAGGUGGACUUCGGUGAGGGCAACCAGCCGGGCGACAAGAUCCUUGACGUCGUCGCUUCAGAUGCAGACAGCGGCACCAACGCAGAGCUGGCCUACAGCAUCAUCGAGCUGUCGGCCAAUCGGCUCUUUGAAAUAGAUUCCAACAGUGGAUCAGUCCGGGUGAGGAAUGUUCUGGAUCGGGAAGAAACCGAGCGGUAUGAGUUCCGUGUGGCGGCAGCAGACAAGGGCGUCCCAAGCAAGACUGGCACUGCUACAGUGGUGAUUAACGUCCUGGACCGCAAUGACAACGACCCCAAGUUCAUGCUGAGUGGCUACAGCUUCUCUGUGAUUGAAAACAUGGCUCCUCUCAAUCCUGUUGGGGUAGUGACCGUCACCGACGCCGAUAAGGGCGAUAAUGCCCGAGUGAAUCUGUUUGUGGAACCAGACAACGGCAAGUUUGUCAUCCAGAACGGCACAGGGACCAUCCUGUCCCACAUCUCCUUUGACCGUGAGAAGGAGAGCACUUACACCUUCCGCCUUAAAGCUGUGGACUCUGGUGAACCACCUCGGUCCUCCUACGUGGGUGUGACCAUCAAUGUCCUGGACGAGAAUGACAAUGCCCCCUAUGUCACCAAACCAGCCAACUCCUCCUUCACAUACAUGCAGCCCGUCACCCCGACAGAAACCCGGGUGGAAGUUGUAGAGGCUGAGGACAUUGACUCUGGACCCAACGCCGAGUUGGUCUACACCAUCAUGGGUGGCAACCCGUAUGGCCUGUUCCAUAUCUCACCCAACAGCGGGGAGAUAACACUGGCGCAGGAAUUCACUGGAAAACACAACGGUCUGCAUCGCCUGGUGGUGAAGGUCAGCGACAAAGGCAAGCCUCCACGCCACACCACGGCUCUAGUCCACGUCUUUGUCAACGACACCAGGUCCAAUGUCUCCCUCAUUGAGGCACUGGUCGGACACAGCCUCUACACCCCUCUGGACAGGGACAUUGCUGGCGAUCCCAACUACGCCAACGGUCAGCGCAGUAACAUCCUGUACGGCAUCCUUGCAGGUAGCGCUGGCGUCAUUCUGGUCAUCGUUGCUGUGGUCGUCAUCAAACACCGGCUGCAGAAAGACACCAAGAGCGGUUAUCAGGCCGGCAAGAAGGAGAGCAAGGACCUGUACGCGCCGAAGCAAGGCCCAAAAAAUGGUAAAGGGAAAAAGAGCAAAAAGGGGAAAGCUCCCAAACCGGCCAAACCCCUGGAGGAGGACGAGGAGGCCAGUUUACAGAAAGGCCUCAAGUUCAACCUCAUCAACGACACCGUCAACGACAGUCCCAGAAUCCACCUCCCCCUUAACUACCCACCGGGAAGCCCAGACUUGGGCCGCCACUACCGCUCUAACUCCCCCUUACCUUCAAUUCAGCUGCAGCCACAAUCGCCCUCCGCCUCCAAGAAGCACCAGGCCGUGCAGGACCUCCCCGCCACCAACACCUUCGUAGGGACAGGCGACAACAACUCCACAGGCUCCGACCAAUAUUCGGAUUACAGCUACAAGGCCAACCCGCCCAAAUACAGCAACAAACAGGUAGGAGAGUACGCAAACACGCCAAUGUACCACAGGGACAUUUAUUGGACCAACCGGGUGUGGUAGUCGAGCUGGGACUUAUAGAGGCGAUAUUCUUCCACCAAAGCUGCACUGAUUCCCCCCCACCCCCACUCCCUCAGCACCCACUCCGCAACGGCGGUUUCAUUUUUGGUUUGUUUUGAUUCUGUUCCACCAUUUUUCUUUUUUUGUUUCUGUUCAGUUUUUUUUGGUUUUCACCUCCACAUGGACACCACAACAUCCACACCAUGAAGGAUUUCACACGGGAUAGACCAAAUAUGGGUUUACCAAUAUUUAUGUGGUGAUAACACCCCCCCCCCCCAAAGAAUGAACUCUGCUGACGGAGAGAAAGCUGGAGGGUUGUUUUAUACACUGUUUGUUUGCAUCACAUGAUAAAAUGUUCUUCUUAAGGUAAAUAAACUCUAAAGUAAAAUCUGAACCAUCCCAUAUGGGUCUAUCCUUAGCUUUGACAUGUUUUCAUUUGUUUUCUGUGUGUUCACUUUUCACCGUGGGUUAAAUGAAGGAGUUUUUUUUGUUAUUCACAAGUGUUCUGAUUCUGGAGGUCCACACUGACAUCCUCAUUAAGUCUGAAUGUGUUUUUCUUUUCUCCUUUUUGUUUUUUCUACUCGUCUGGAGAGCUGACUCGAGGGUUUAGAGCUGCUCUUUAUGGCCGGAUCAGCUUGUUGAAGUGUGACAAAGAGUGACUGUGAAUUCCUGAGUUAGUUUGGGACCCACAUUUUUAUUGUUUCUUGGCUUUUCUUUGGGCCAGGAACUAGACUGGGGCUGAGGAGCCACUUUAGAGUGUUUCCAACCAGUUCGGACCAAUUUAAGGUAAUUUCAGCUCGGUCAGGGAGCCAAGACGUGAAGAAAGGAAGAAAGAGGGAGAAUCAGAAGGACAAAGGAGGGUGGGGGGUUGUAUAAAGCUACUACACUAUGAAGGAAAAGGUACACUAAGACAAAAUACAACCAUCUCUGAACCUCUGCACCUCCUGUCAGGUCGGCUGAAAUACGUCUUUUAAUUUCGCCGUGUUCCCAAUCACAGGGGUUUAAAAGUCAAUUGUUUGCACAGAUUAAUGGCAGGUAAUUUUCCAGGCGCCCGCUUUCGCCUUCUUUUUACCCAGAGUGCCUUGCUCUCUUCUAUUUAAUGUAAAAAAAAAAAAAAGGGGUGGGGGUUGUUGGGGAGGGCGGCGGGGGGUGGGGGGGUCAUUAACGAGCUUUCGCGCCACGUCAUCAUGUUUAGUGGCGCUGAAAUGUGAGAAAUGUCACGUGCACUGUGAAAACCCCCGUGAGACAAUCGCUGUGUGAUGUUCAGACUGUACAUAUAUGUGAACCACAUGUCAAAUAUCUUUUUGUAUUCUUUCAUAUGUUGCACCGUUACGGUGUCGUCCUGUGAGUGUGUGUGUGCGCUUAACGAGGGCAGAUCAUCGACUUCCCGGCUUAUUAAAAAGACUUACCAAAGAUUCACACACACACACACACACACACACACACACACACAUGCAUCCUCGCUGUCAUCGCCAUCACAAACAGGAAGCUGGAGUUUGCAGAAUUCCUGCUGGUGUUAGCAUCCUGCUAGCGCUCCUGCUGGGUUAAUAUUUAGCCUGUUAACACUCGGAGGCGUCACACCUCACGGGCGUCCAGACGGAUUUACAGUCACACCGACAUCCUGUCAGCUCCAUCACACACACACACACACACACACACACACACACACACACACACACACACACACACACACACACCUGCUCAAUCAUGUACCAUUCUUCUUCUUCUUCACUGGGGAAAUAAAUGUACAGUGUUUUUGUUUUUUACGGCUCAAAGCAAGAUUUUUAUUUCAAUAAACAUGUUGCUUCAAUGUUAAA